UAUCGUGUCACCAAAUCCGGCCGAAAGGAAAUACCAGCUUCCGCUAAGAUGAGAAUACUCUCUCGGAUUUUCGACGAUCAUGUUUUCCUUAAAACUUAAUAUGAAUACCAUUUUAAAACGAUCUAGAAUUUUUAAGUAGUAGGAGAUUUUCUAAUCUCCAUUUAUUUCUAACUGCAGUUGAUAAAUUAUUUUAUAAAACAAAACUCACGAUCAUAAUGUUCAUAUUAGCCGAUAGAGUAGCCGGAUCUUGCAAUUUAUAAUCUGAAAUUUUCCUUGAAACACAAUUCUAUGGCUGUUCGACAGAUUCGAACCAUGUGUUAACGCACUUGGUUAUGUUACAAAAACAAAAUCCCUUUUAUUAAAGUUGUAGAUAUUAUUGGAAUAUAGCUUAUCAAAAACUCAAAAAUGGGGCGCAAGGCAAAGUUUGAUGAAAGUGUUGUGCCAUCUGGUCCAGGAAGAAAAUCAAAGAAACAAAGUGAUCCUACUUUUCCAAAAGGGCUCAUAGUAAAAGAUGCCGCAAGUUUGAGCCAUCGACAGAAGCAAAGGGCAAAGAAAAGGCAGCUCAAAAGUAAAGUUCAGCAAGAGAAAUCAAAUGAACCUAAAAAAAAGAAACGUAAAGGACCCAUGGUCCAAGAGGUGAAGGAACCAGAAACUGAAACUGAAGAAGAGGAAUCAGAUGAAGAAGUGACCUCUGAAGUGGAGACAGAAACUCCUGAUGCACAAUUGUCAUUACCUGAUGCUGACAGUGAUGCGACGAACAGUGAAGAUGAAAGUGAAGCUGAAAGUGACGAUUCAGAUGCAAAAAAUGACCAGACUGAUGAAGAUGAAGAUUCUGAUGGCGAAGAAGAAUCCAAUUUACUUCCAAUUGAGAAAGCAAAUAUAAAACUGAAGAAAAAACAAGCAAAGGAAAGAAAACUAGCAGCUGAUGAAAUGCAGGAGUCAGUGACCCAUCAAGAUAUAUUCACCUUUCCUACUGCAGAAGAAUUGGCUAAUCCUGUGAGUUUGCAAGAUGUUCAACAACGGAUCCGUGACGUUAUAAUAGUUUUGUCAGAUUUUAAAAGACUGCGUGAAACAGACAGACCUCGAACAGAUUACACAGAGCUGCUGCAAACAGAUCUAUGUAUGUACUUCAGUUAUAACACAUUUCUAAUGGAGAAAUUGAUGCAAAUUUUCCCUCUCAACGAACUACUAGAAUACUUAGAAGCCAGUGAAGUUCAGAGGCCUAUGACUAUUCGUACCAAUAGUCUCAAAACAAGGCGACGGGAUUUAGCCCAAGCUUUAAUCAACAGAGGGGUAAAUUUAGACCCCAUCGGCAAAUGGACUAAGGUCGGACUUGUCGUGUAUUCUUCGCAAGUUCCGAUGGGAGCAACGCCAGAAUAUUUGGCGGGUCAUUACAUUUUGCAAGGCGCAUCUAGUUUCCUACCAGUAAUAGCAUUGGAUCCCAAAGAAAACGAAAGAAUUCUCGACAUGUGUGCAGCGCCAGGAGGCAAAUCCUCGCACAUUGGAGCUUUGAUGAAAAAUACAGGGGUACUCUUUUCUAAUGACGUAAAUAGAGAGAGAAUAAAGGCCGUAAUUGGAAAUUUCCACCGACUAGGGAUAGUAAAUUCUGUCAUCUGCAGUUACGACGGUAGAAAAAUACCUGGUAUUAUCAAAGGCUUUGAUAGAGUUUUACUAGACGCCCCUUGUACAGGAACGGGAGUCGUAGCUAAAGACCCAGGUGUCAAAGUAAAUAAGGAUGAGGUCGACGUUCAACGAUGCUGUACUUUGCAAAGAGAACUUUUGCUCGCUGCGAUAGAUUCCGUAAAUGCACGCUCUGAAACAGGAGGUAUUAUCGUAUAUUCCACUUGCUCCAUUCUUCCCGAAGAAAAUGAAUGGAUUGUUGACUACGCUUUAAAAAAACGAGACGUAAAAGUCGUACCAACAGGUCUGGAUUUCGGAGAAGAAGGAUUCACUAAUUAUAGACAGCACCGGUUUCAUCCAUCUCUCAAAUUAACGAGACGUUUCUAUCCUCAUACCCACAACAUGGAUGGAUUCUUUGUUGCUAAGUUGAAAAAGUUUUCAAAUAUGGUUAUCAAACAAGACAAAGUUGAGGAAGAAUCAGUCACCUCUGAUUAAAAUAAAUAGUAUGUACAGAAGAUUACGCAAAUUAAUUCACCUAUCUAAAAUAUAAAAUUAAUACGAUUGGUAAUCAUUCAUUUUUGUAUUUCUGUCAAAUCAAUUCGCAAACACAAAACUUUUGCAUCUUAUAUUUCAAAUGAAUAUACAAUUUUUAAACUCUAAAGUGCUCCCUAUUUUCCAACCUGUCAAAUAAUAUUUACAACUCUUCUUGAUUAUUUAUCUCAAUCAAUAUUCGAAUGUGUUCAGAAUUGUUUCUUAUCUGAUAACAAUGGGUAUGUAUGUAAAGUUGAUGUAGAUUUAUUGCGUUGUACAUUAAAUAUUAUUAUUC